AUGUCACAGACAUUGCGUCUCGACCAGCUCUUCAACCUCCACGGCCGUGUGGCUCUCGUCACAGGCGGGGGGACAGGCAUCGGAUGGAUGAUUGCCGAGGGGCUCGCGGUGAACGGCGCGAAGGUCUAUAUUACAGGCCGUCGCAAGCAGGUGCUCGAGCAAGUAGCGGGCAAGUUCGCGCAAGAGAACAAGGGCGAUGGCUCGAUCGUUCCUCUUGUCUUGGAUGUUACCGACAAGAAGAGUAUUCAAGCUGCCCAAGAGCUUAUUGCCGCGAAGGACGGCAGGCUGCAUAUUCUCGUCAACAACGCGGGUCAGACAGGGCCUCUCGUGCCCUUCCUGAAUGACCCAAAUGCGCCGGAGCACAAGAGCCCCGAAACGCUCGGGCGCGCGCUGUUCGACGCCGCGUCAUACGAUGACUGGGCGGGUGUGUUCGGCGUAAACACCUUCUCGAUAUACUUCCUCACCACCGCCUUCCUCGGGCUGCUCGCCACGGGCAGCGCGGACGUCCCCGGCUACACCUCCAGCGUCAUCAACAUCACCAGCAUCAGCGGCUUCAACAAGAUCGCCCAGUGCCAGGUCGCGUACAACACGACCAAGUCCGCAGCGAACCACCUCACCAAGAUGUUCGCGACAGAGCUCGCGCUGAAGAAGAUCCCCGUGCGCGUGUGCGCCGUUGCACCCGGUGUGUAUGAGUCGGAGAUGACGUACCCGCACAUCCCCCCGGAGAUGGUAGACAAGGUCGGCAAGAACAUCGUCCCAGUGCCCGCGCACAGGGCCGGAACGGCGCAAGAGAUGGCGGGGACUGUGAUAUAUCUUGUGUCCCCCUCCGGGUGUUACACGAACGGCCAAGAGAUCAUUGUCGACGGCGGGUACACCGCAGUGAACCCAGCUACCCGUUGA